AUGGCCGUCCCAACGAUCCUAUUCAGGAUCGGGGAUGCGACAAACACAACCUCGGGAUCAUGGGUAUGGCAGAAAUUACUGAAGCUACGUGAUCUUGCGAAGCAGUUUUUCAAAAGAGAAGUGAAGAAUGGAAGAGAAACCUCUUUCUGGUAUGAUUUGUGGUCGACGCUUGGCUGUUUGAAGGAUGUGAUGGGAGAACGAGGGUGCAUCGCUUUGGGCAUAUCUGAUAAGGCUGUUUUUGCAGAUGUUCUGACUGACGAAACCUGCCAACACCUCUUCUUCAGCUGUAACUACUCAAGGCAAAUCCGGAAGGCACUGGCUGGUGGGAUUCUCCAAAAUGCGUUCACUACAUCUAGGAACGACAUUGUAGAGAUCAUCUCUAAUACAAGCUUGCCACCGACGAAGAAGUUCCUUAUCGGCUACACCUUUCAAGCUACGGUACAUGCGCUGUGGAGAGAGCGAAAUGCCCGUAGACAUGGAGAACAGCUGCAAACUGCGAGUGUCAUCACCAAGUUUGUAGAUAAAACAAUCAGACUCAAGUUACUCUCAGUAAAGGGACUGGGGCACAAGUAUCUUGAGGAGAGCUUGAUCACUUGA